AUUUCUUCACCCAAAAAGCGAUCAUAGAUGAGUGAGUUCAGUUCACCCCAUGGCCAUAACUGAUACAAUGGCUGGCCCUAGUGACUGGUUACAAUUCUACCGGCGAAACCUCGCCGGAGAAGAACCACCGCCGUCUCCGACAUCACCAGAAUUGUUUGAUCCAGUCUCCGAUGCCGCUGUAGUCACUUCCGCAAGCACUCCUGGAGCUGGGAAUCCGAGUGGUAGUACUAGCAGCGUCCACUUGAACCCGGAAGGCCGGAGAGUCGCAAAACCAAACCGGAGACGUUCCAGGGCUUCUAGGAGAGCUCCCACUACGCUUCUCAACACAGACACCACCAAUUUCCGAGCCAUGGUUCAGCAAUUUACUGGAGUUCCUAGUGCACCCUUCAACACUGCUGGACCUCAUCACACGGGUGCAACCAACUUCAAUUUUGUGGUGGAAGCAGGUGAUCAGCACCAUCUGAACACAGCUACUACAAUCGCUGCACCUGGGUACCAUCUUCAACAACAGCAGCAGCAACCCCAACAGCAAUUCCAACAACAACAACAACAACAUCAAUUCCAACAGCAACAGAUGCAAUAUAUGUUCUCAAGGAACAAUCCUACAAGCGAUGUGUUUGGUCAGAGAUUCAGAGAUGGCAACCAAAGAUGAACAACCAUGGAGGCCUCUAUCUCUGAGGGUUUUUUUUUUUUCUUCUCAGUGUCUUUCCAUCCAUGUGCUUCCUAGGAUCUCUCAUAAACCUGAAAGGAGAGCAAAUGGUUACAUAAAGGUGAGAGAGACAACUGAAGAAAGGAAGAAAAUUAGGAAUUGACUUGUAGCAGAGAGAGGGUUUUUUUGGGUUUGACUGAUGUAAAUAUUAUGUUCUCUUCCUCGGAAACUUCCUCCUCUAUUUACUAUUUAUAUACAACAAUAGGUAAUAGUACGAAAUAAUAUAUAUGUUUCUGUUUUUUGUUUUUUUGUUUUUUUGUUUUUUUAUUUCAAAUGUUAUCAAGGUAUUGUGUUUAUUGUGGAAUUGGAAACUUGGAGUCAACUCACUUGUUGACUCAACAUGGUUUUAGAAUACUCUCAA